AUGAAGACCGAUUUCAAGUUCUCCAACCUUUUGGGGACGGUCUACCGUAAGGGCAAUUUGCUCUUUACUCCCGAUGGAACUUGCCUGCUUUCGCCUGUAGGCAAUCGGGUCACCGUCUUCGAUUUAGUACAAAAUACCUCCUAUACUCUUCCCUUCUCCCAUCGCACGAAUAUUGAUCGCCUGGAUCUUUCCCCGAAAGGAAACCUCCUGCUGACCGUGGAUGAGACUGGUCGAGCAAUUUUGACCAAUUUCCAACGGCGCAUUGCCAUUCACCAUUUUUCUUUCAAGGGCCGCGUUACUGCCCUGAAGUUCUCUCCGUCCGGCAGGCAUUUUGUAGUGGGCGUGGGCAGACGCUUGCAAAUUUGGCAGACCCCUUCUACUCCUGGUACGGAGACAAAUGGCGAGAUUGAAUUCGCUCCGUUCGUGUUGCACCGGGAUCUAGCAGCCCACUUCGACUCGAUCUCCAAUGUUGAAUGGUCAAGCGACUCCCGUUUUCUGCUUUCCGCAUCUCGAGACCUGACUGCGCGCGUAUGGAGUCUGGACCCUGAGGAUGGCUUUGAGCCUACCACUCUGGCAGGUCACCGCCAAGGCGUGGUUACCGCCCACUUUGAUGCUAACCAGGAGAAAAUCUACACUGUCAGCCAGGAUGGUGCCCUUUUCCGUUGGGAAUAUGUAGCCAAGAAGGACCCGGAAACCGAUGAAGAUAUUAGUGAAGCUCGAUGGAGAAUUGUGAAGAAGGAUUUUUUCAUGCAGAACGAUGCUAAGGUCACUUGUGCCACAUUCCAUGCACCCUCCAACUUGCUGGUAGUUGGUUUCUCCAAUGGUCUUUUCGGACUUUAUGAUUUGCCUGAAUUCAACAUGAUCCAUUUACUGAGUGUUUCUCAGAGCAACAUCGAUGUUGUGACUGUUAACAAGACUGGAGAAUGGCUCGCAUUUGGAUCGUCCAAACACGGCCAGCUGCUGGUGUGGGAGUGGCAAUCCGAGUCGUACAUCCUGAAGCAACAGGGACAUCUUGAUUCCAUGAACUCUCUGGUUUAUUCCCCAGAUGGCCAGAAAAUUGUCACCACUGCCGAUGACGGCAAGGUUAAAGUUUGGGAUGUCAAAUCAGGCUUCUGUAUUGUGACAUUUACGGAACAUACCAGCGGAGUGACCGCGUGUCAGUUUGCUAAGAAGGGAAAUGUCUUAUUCACAGCAUCCCUGGAUGGAUCGAUUCGCGCAUGGGAUUUGAUUCGAUACCGCAACUUCCGAACUUUUACUGCUCCCUCCCGGCUCGCAUUUUCCUCUUUGGCAGUUGAUCCUAGUGGAGAAGUUGUCUGCGCUGGCUCUCCAGACUCUUUCGAUAUCCAUGUCUGGUCCGUGCAGACUGGCCAAUUGUUAGAUCAGCUUAAUGGCCACGAAGGUCCUGUCUCAGCCCUUGGCUUUGCAGCAGACGGAAACCACCUGGUCAGUGGCAGCUGGGAUCACACGGUCCGUAUUUGGAGCAUCUUUGGUCGUACACAGACAAGUGAGCCUCUUCAUCUUAUGUCGGAUGUUUUGAGUGUCGCUUUCCGCCCCGAUGGCCUGCAAGUUGCAGCAUCUACCCUAGACGGCCAGCUUUCAUUCUGGUCAGUGGAAGAUGCAGUUCAGCAGGGAGGUGUUGAUGGACGUCGGGAUGUGUCUGGUGGCCGCAAGAUCUCUGAUCGCACAACAGCUGCUAAUGCCGCGGGAACUAAAUCCUACAACCGCAUCACCUACAGUGCUGACGGAAGCUGUAUUUUGGCGGGCGGAAACAGCAAAUACAUCUGUCUGUAUGACGUUGGUACUGGAUCCCUGAUCAAGAAAUUCACCGUCUCGGUAAACCUUUCCCUUGAUGGUACCCAAGAGUUCCUGAACAGCCGUAAUCUCACCGAGGCCGGUCCUCGCGCUCUCAUUGACGAAACAGGAGAGGCUUCUGAUAAGGAAGAUCGUGUCGACAGCACCCUCCCUGGUGCCAAACGCGGUGACGCCGGGGCUCUACGAGUUACUUCGGUCGAUUUUGCUCCCACUGGCCGCGCCUUCUGUGCUGCGUCAACCGAGGGACUCCUUAUCUACAGCUUGGAUGACGAUUUUGUCUUUGAUCCUUUUGAUCUCGAUAUCACCAUCACCCCUUCAAGUAUCCUUGCCACAGUUGACGCUGCUCGCCAGGCUGCCGCAGCUGGCACCGUUGAUGAAGAAAACACCUACCUGAAGGCCUUGGUUAUGGCAUUCCGAUUGAACGAAGCAAAGAUUAUUCGUGCCGUUUACGAAUCAAUCCCGCCCUCGGAUAUCCCCCAUGUUGUUCGUUCCGUCCCGACAGUCUACUUGCCUCGCCUGCUUCGCUUUAUCGCACAUGCAGCUGAUGAGACACCCCACCUUGAGUUCAACUUGAUGUGGAUUGAAUCUAUGUUCAGCUGCCAUGGUCGGUACUUCAAGGAUAACUCGGGUACCUUCGCUCCAGAACUUCGUGCAGUUCAACGGGCCGUUGAUGAAAUUCGGGAGAACCUCAAGCGGUUGACUGAGAAGAACCUUUACGAUCUCAACUAUCUGCUCUCUAAGCCUGCUCUUGCUGAGAAGAAGCCAUCGAGUGCCAUGUUGGCUUUGACUGUCGGUGAAGCUCAGGAAGAUGAGGAGGAAAUGGCCGAUGCUGAUGACGACGAUGAAGGUGAAUGGGUUGGCCUGGAAUGA